CCCCUAUAUUGAAUCAAAGUAAUAAUAUUUGUUUUGAUGAAUUGGAAGAAGCUUAUUGUGAUCAUCAUACUCUUGACACAAAUAACCAACCAAAUGGUUUAAAAAUAAGUAAUGUUGUAGAAGGUUUGUCAAGCUUCAAUUCUAGUGGCACACAACCUGCAGAUAUUGAAUUCCAAAGUUAUGUGAACAAAAAUAUGGCUUUUUUGAAAAUUGAAUUAAAACAAAUUCAAAGCAAUCAAUUGAUUAUUUUGGAUCGUUUAGAGUCUUUACAGUUGCAAUUGGAAGAUCAGCCUCGGUCCUCUGCAGACAAAAAUUUUCCAAUCAAUCAGUUAAAUGAAUGCCCAUUACCAAUAGACAACAUUACCGACUUACAAAUUUUUGAAGAUAAAAUUGCUGGUGAUAACGAAUUUAGAACAUGUGUGGUUAAAGAACUUACAUAUAUUGGCGGGAAACAUGUUAAGGCAAUGGUGCGCAGAAUAAUGUCCAAACUAUGUACAGAUGAGUUGCUACAACAUUAUUCUUACAAUGGAAAAAAAGGAAAAAUUCCAUUUUGUUCAUUGAGCAUUUGUAGUAUUAUAUUUGUUGCUAUAAAAAAACAGGGAAAAUUUAAAAAUGUAUGCCAAGAUGAAAUAGAAGAAACCAUAAAAUAUGUUUUGGUUCAAGCUCCAUUUACUAUCAAAAGACACCUGCUACAAAAGACUGCAGUCACAAAACAAUAA